AAAAGAAAUGGGAAGACAAAAGAAAAAAGGACUCUGUUCUUUGAUAAUCAAUCAAUGGAGGUAAGAAUUAUGAAUGUUUUCUUCCUGGAAGCGACUCAUUUCUGCAACUUGGAGAACAAGAUUGAUAACCCGAUUACAUGUUACAUCACGAACAACACUUCAUAGUGCCCGCAAUCAAGUUCGCCGAAGAACAACAAUCUCACCCAAGGCAUUUUACGCUCUCUACGAUUAAUCCGUAGAUUUCUAUCAGUUCCAGCCCUGUUCCUUUGGCAUUUCUCAGUGAAUUCGGGAGUCCUUGGAGGAAGGAAGAUGCUUGUUUCUCGUCGAUCCAGAUUGGUUCAUGCUAGAAUUUCGUUGUUACUGGGUUCGUCAGUUUAGGUUUUCCAGUACAUUGUUUCGGCUGAUUUUAUUCAAUACAAGUGUCCAAGUGGGCGAAAACGCAUGAAUUAUUAGGUUAGCUGUUCGGCCUGGAUCUUGAUUAUUGGUAGAAAUCUCGGAAAUUUUGUGAGGGAAGUGGAUAGAGUGAUGAGUGAAGAUUAGGGGGAAUGGUCCUGGAACUGAUGCAACAAAAUGAGCAGGUCCCCUUCAUUUUCUGUGAAGUCGGAAGUUAAUGUGAAGUUGGAUCCAGAAUCUCUCCAAAAAUGGGUUGUGGCCUUUUGCAUUAUAAGGUUUGAUCUUGAACAAGGUCAACUAAUUGAGGAGUGCUACCCUCCAGACUGUCUAACGCAAGAUGAGGAACUUGAAGUUGCUUUUAGUUCAUUUCCUGAUUCAAUUUCACAGCACCAGAACCGGUCGAGCAUUCACGAUUGUAUAUUCUUUUUCCGGGUUCGAAGGAAGGAAAUUUCUCAACCAAGGAAUGUUUCCUCUUCUGAGAAAGCAGAAUUGGACGAGCUAAGAUCCAAAAGCAGCGUUGCUACAAGGUCUAAGUACAUGUAUGGUUUUGUUUUUAAUAGGCAGAGACACGAUGAGAGGUUAAGAAGAGGUGGAGAGCAGAAGUCUGUGGUAAUUCUGUCUCAUAAUCCUUAUUCUACUGUCUUCAAACCUCUGUUGCAAAUCAUGGGUCCAUUAUAUUUUGACAUUGGGAGGAAGGCUCUUGAGCAUAUUGCUGCUUUUGUUUCAAUGUGGCCUGCUCCUGUACCUGGUAAACAAAUGGAGCUUCCUAUAGGAAAUGCCUUGCUUAAAGCACACUUGCCACCUGCUCAUAGUUUGCCAAUGGAUGGUGAGACAUUUUCCGAAGAGUCUACGUCCUCUAUGGCUCCUUUUCUUCCCAAUAAUCUGUCGGUUCCACAAGGUCUUUUCCAUGAUUCCGAUCUCUUUGGUACGUUCCGGGGUCUUCUUUUGCAGCUCUGGCUGUUGUGGGAGUUGCAACUUAUUGGUGAACCUAUUCUUAUCAUUGCACCAACGCCUCCCCAGUGUUGUGAAGCUGUUGCUGGUCUUGUUAGUUUGGUUGCUCCUCUUCUUUGUAGUGUUGAUUUUAGACCUUACUUCACUAUUCAUGACCCUGAGUUUUCAUACUUAAACACACUUCAAGAUGGAGCUACUUUCCCACCAAUGGUUUUGGGGGUCACAAAUCUCUUCUUCCUUAAAUCCCUUCGUAAUAUUCCUCAUAUUGUCUCAGUUGGGACCCCUGCUGUUAGUCGGCUUGCCCAGACGUCCAGGUCCUCUUCUGGCAGCGUUUCUGGCGCUUCUGAAGGGCUUGGACUUCGGCAGCUAUCGUUGAAAAAGUUCUCUCCGUCAAACUUGCUCAAUGCUGUCAAGUUGAGGAGAGAUGGUCCACUAUGUCUUAUGACAGAACAUAAGGAAGCUAUCUGGAGCACUUACCCUGCAGUAACGAAGCCAGACACGUCAAUCUUGAAUCGGCUUAUUGAUGCUGGCUUAUCACCAAGGGUUGAGGAGUCUAUGUCUGUCGUUAACAAUGAGAUACUGCGUCGGCACUUCCUGGAGCUUACAACCAACUUUUUGGCACCUUUUGGGCCAUACUUCCGAACCACCACCCCUUCAGAAGGAUCUUCUCCAUUUGAUGAGCCUUCUCGACCCGAAUUUAGUGCUGAUGAAUUUCUUGCCAGUCUAUCGACAAGAGGACCGGGAAAAUUUCUGGCCAAGCGAAUGAGGUCUAACUGGCUGGAUUUGUACAGGCGGUUUCUCAAAGGACCAAACUUUAUGCCUUGGUUUCAGAGAAGGCGUGCUGUUGCAGAACAAGAACAGCAUAGACUUUGGAGGCAAGCGAGAAUGAGUGCUGAUGUACCUCGGCUUGUGUCUAAAAUGCCUGAAUUGGAAGUUGUCGAUUUAUUUAAUGCUAUUGAAAGACAUCUUCUAAAAGAAAUAGAGCUGCAGGAAUCCAGGAGGGCUUAUUCAGACUCUGCGGCAACUUGCCAGAAACUGAAAGGGGAUCUGCUGACCGUUUUCAAUGUGCUUCCUAAAGACAUGCAUCAACUUUUGCUUCUUAAUCCACAGAGGGCAUCUCUUCUUUGCGGAAGCCCCGAAUUAACUAAACUUCCAGGGCGGCCGCUUGUUCAAGUUGGUGUUAAAUCACCAAGAUAGUACUGAAAUACACAUAUUCGGAAUCAAGUAGCCUCAGGCAAAAAGGGGUUUUUUCUCAUAUUUAGAGGCAGCCCUCAUUAGUUUGUACACUCCAUCACUGGAUGGGAGAUUUUCUUCCCCCAUUGUGGCUGCUGCAAAUGUUUUAGGAGGUACCACUUUAUAUUUAAGAUCCAUCCUCUUACAGUGUUGGGAUGAAUUAUAUGGCAUAUCAUGGUGUUAAAAACAACAUGUUUCUACAAACAAACAGAUGGCAAAGGAUGGUAGAUAUGGCGGUGUUGAACUUAUGGAUCAUCAAAAAUUCUUUCAGGAGAUGAUAGUUAGCUUUUCUUUUACUAGAGUUUCUAAUUUUGUACUGUCUUCAUCACUUCAAAGGGAGUAUAAUGUCAACCUGUAAUAUGUAUAUUAUACUUUUGUACCGUUAAAGCAAAUAGUUUCAGCUGCAA